CUUUUCCUAGUGAAGAGAGAGUUGAUGGUGCAGCUUGUUGUGAUCAGUGAUCAGAAUAUUGUGGAUUAUAUUGAAAUCAACAGGAAACAUGUUCUCGUUUAACAUGUUCGAUCACCCGUUACCGCGUGCCUUCCACAGCCGCUUCUCCACCCAGUACCGCUGCUACUCUGUGUCAAUGCUGGCUGGGCCCAACGACAGAUCAGAUGUGGAGAAAGGAGGAAAAAUAAUAAUGCCUCCGUCUGCACUGGACCAGCUGAGCAGACUCAACAUUACAUACCCAAUGCUGUUUAAACUGACCAAUAAGAACUCGGACAGAAUGACACACUGUGGUGUUCUGGAGUUUGUUGCUGAUGAGGGGAUCUGUUACCUACCUCACUGGAUGAUGCAGAACCUGUUAUUGGAAGAAGGAGGUCUGGUUCAGGUUGAGAGUGUCAAUCUCAUGGUGGCAACGUACUCCAAAUUUCAGCCUCAGAGUCCAGACUUCUUAGACAUCACAAACCCCAAAGCUGUAUUAGAAAAUGCUUUGAGAAACUUUGCCUGCUUAACCACCGGUGACGUCAUUGCCAUCAAUUAUAAUGAAAAGAUCUAUGAACUGCGAGUCAUGGAGACCAAACCGGACAAAGCAGUGUCCAUUAUUGAAUGUGAUAUGAAUGUGGACUUUGAUGCUCCUCUUGGUUAUAAAGAGCCAGAGAGACCCACACAUCAUCGUGAAGAACCAACAGAGGAAGAGGCAGACACCAGUAAUUAUGAAAUGGACGUUGGGUUCAGAGCUUUUACAGGCUCUGGCAAUCGGCUUGAUGGUAAGAAAAAAGGCGUUGAACCCAGUCCCUCUCCCUUGGCCUCAGACAUUAAACGAGGGAUUCCCAACUACGACUUCAAGGUCGGAAAGAUCACCUUCAUCAGAAACUCUAGACCACAGCCUCGCAAAACAGAGGAGGACGACGCAAAUAACUUCAUUGCAUUCUCAGGAGAAGGCCAGUCCUUACGCAAAAAGGGCCGGAAACCGUAAUCACACAGUCGACCGGGAACACAUCACAAAGGCAUCCGACAAACUGCUACUCAUAUAUUCUGCUUUUAGAACUAAAGGUCAAACAGUUUCUUAUUCUCCAGGGUGAAAGAAACCCCGUCUUUCACUGAUAAUCAACACUCAGGAUAUGAAGUAUUAUCCUAUUCUGCUUACAUUUAAAAUAAUUUAUAUUUGCAGGAUUUACAUGCUUGUAAUAAAAAUAAUCCCAUUACUAUUCA